AGAAUGGCCAGUAUUGGCACCAUUACGUAGAGAUCAGAAGACUGCCAAACGUGGGAAGGAAUGGGUAGGGGAGUGUAGGGGGGAUGUGUAAAGUAUCCAUAAGCGGCUAAGAGCUCUGUCCCGUGUGCCCUUUGCAAGCUUCAUAUGAACAUUUGUAGAGUUGGCCACCUAGUUCCUGCAGUGCCAGAACUCGCUCCUCAAACCCAACUCCGAGUCCGAAGCGGCGGAAAUAAGCGGAUGCAGCCAUGUGCUUCUCUGUUCCUAUCCGCAAUCUUUUGCACCAUAUCUUACAAGUAAUGAUGCAACACUUGGUUUCAUGCAAGUCAGUGGCGGUCUUGCGGAAGCACUCGACGAAAACUCCAGAUGGAUCUGGAAAGUGCGGUAGAUCCAUUUCGGCGCUCCCCAGUGUCCAACACACACCCUUCCCCUAGUUCUGGGAGGUUUUGCAUGAUCUCAACACAUAUCUCAAACAUAGGCAAGCUCUUACAGAGCCACUUGGCGCUCUUACGGUAGCAAAUAACCGAAAGUUGUGUAUUGCCUUGCAAGGAGCGCGCUUUCCCAUCCAACGCACCCAUUUAACUUUGCUUUAGCAUAGGAUCAAACCCUAGUGCAACUCUAGAGACCGUGCUAACCGACUAAAGGAGGCUCGCGGACCCUGCGAUUAAGAUGGGCAAGGACUACUACAAGGUUCUCGGUGUCGCCAAGGAUGCGGAUGAGAGCGCGCUCAAGAAGGCCUACUACAAACUGGCCCAGAAAUGGCACCCUGACAAAAAUAAGGGAAGUGCCGCGGCUACAGAGAAGUUCAAAGAGAUCAGCGAAGCAUAUGAUGUGCUCUCUGACCCGGAGAAGCGCCAAAUCUACGACCAGUUUGGAGAGGAGGGACUCAAGGGUGGGCCGCCUCCCCCCGGCGGCGGCGGCGCAGGUGCCGGCGGCUUCCCCGGCCGCAGCGGCGGCAGCUACCAGUUUGACGACGCCGCAGCAGAGCGGCUGUUCCGAGCUUUCUUCGGAGGUGGCAUGGGUGGCAUGGGUGGCAUGGGUGGCAUGGGUGGCAUGGGUGGCAUGGGUGGCAUGGGAGGCGACAUGGGUGGAGGGCCGGCGGGUGGCCCGCGCGUUCGCGUCUUCCGCUCCGGCGGCAUGCCUGGAGCCGUCGGCGGCAUGGAUGGAGGCAUGGGCGGCGGCAUGGGUGGUGGCAUGGGCGGCAUGCCGGGCGGCCUGGGCGGCAUGUUUGGCGGCAUGUUUGGAGGCGGAGGCAUGGGCGGCGGAGGCAUGGACGACGUCCACAUGGAGGACCAAGACGGCAUGGGCGGCAUGGGCGGCAUGGGCGGCUUCCCGGGCAUGGGCGGCCGCUCCUUCAGCGGCACACGCGCGCGGCGGCCGUCAGCGCCGACGCAGCCCGCCCAGUGCGAGGUGCCUCUCAAGGUCAGCCUGGAGGACCUGUACCGGGGCUGCACCAAGAAGCUGCGCAUCACGCGCCACAUCCACGACGCCGCCAGCAACCAGAUGGUGCCGGUGCAGGAGGAAGUGACCAUAGACGUGCGGCCGGGCUGGAAGGCGGGGACCAAGGUCACCUUCAGCGGCAAGGGUGACGAGCGGCCGGGCCGCCCCGCCGAUGACCUAGUGUUUGUCAUCAAGGAGGCACCCAACGCCGUCUUCAAGCGAGCCGGCGAUGACCUGGAGACCGUGGUCAAGCUGCCGCUAGCCACUGCGCUGUGCGGCGGGACAAUCCAGGUGCCCGCGAUCGACGGCAGCAGGGUCCCCAUGACCCUCACCAGCGUGAUCCCGCCGGGCGCGGAGCGCACCGUGGCGGGACAGGGCAUGCCCAUCAACAAGGGGCCCAAGGCCGGGCAGCGCGGCGACAUGCGUGUGAAGUUCGAGGUGGUGUUCCCCACCAGUCUGACGGAGGCGCAGAAGACCGCGCUGCGGCCCAUCCUGUCGGGCGCCCGCUGACGGGGCGACGACGCGGCUGGGGACAGCGGCAGCAGCACCGGCGGCGGUGGCGGCAGCAGCACCAGCGCUGCCGGCCAGAAACGCAGGCGAGAGGAAUAGCCUGAGCGCGUACGGUACGUUCGGCCUUGUGGUGCACAGUAAUGACAGUGGUGCCGGCAGACCGCCGGCAGUCUGCCGCACAUCACGUACGUGCUGUCUGUGAUGGUGGUCGGUGGAUGUCUGCUCAUGUUGCCUGCUGCCCAAUAAAUUGAAGUGGAGAGGGCUGUCGGUUGCGUAGCUACCGCUAUGAGACAUUGAGACUAGCGCUAUGCACGAGUCUAGCCUCUCACCUUCACCUUCUUCCAGCAGUGUCAGCAGGGCAACAUCAUGGCCCUAGAUAGGAUUGCGUACCGUUGCCGUGUGCGGCGUGUUGGCGCUGAAUUGCUGAUGCUUAGCUGGAGCGGCAAAUAGCCACAAUUGUGUGGGCGGGGGUAAAUCUUGCUUGUCAUGCACGUGAUGGCAUACUGCACCCAUGCCUGCUAUCAUGGUGGGAGUUCAAAGAGACCUGCGGUUGGGGCAGAAUGUGUGUCAAUGGAGCUGGUGAGCACCAUACGAUUCCCGGUGCACCCCUGUAUGUUGUGUUGGUUUGUGCGUGUGCGCACCAUUUAGUGCCGUUGCGAAUCGAAAUGUAAGUAUGAGGAACUCGAAAAGGCUCGAAACGCGGCGGUGUGAGUGCGCCGGCAGUUCGGUACGGACGAACUCCAUGAUUGUUGGGCAGUUUAGAUUUAGACUGAGCCUGUUUGAGCAGCAGUGAAGGGGCGUGAAUAAGAGUGCAGCCAAGGACAAGUUGAGGACGGUAGUACUGUGCCAAGCGGACUUGCAACGCGGAAAGACGACGGCGCUGUGUGCGCCCGAGCCUGAGUGCAUGUGGGUCAAGGUGCGGGUGUCCGUGUGGUGCUGCCGGGGCAGUCGCGGCCCAAGAGCACCACGCUGCAUACCCAAUUUUAAACAAUACA